AUGUCUGGAAAGUUCGAACCAAAGGUCCCGGUUCAGUUGAACCCGCCUAAGGAUGAUGCUAUCUCUCUGGAUGAUCUUGCGAAGGCCGAUGGCAGCGAGGGUCAAAAGUGCUUUGUAGCUAUCAAGGGCAAAGUUUACGAUGUCACUGGCAACAAAGCGUACCAACCGGGAGGUUCAUACAACGUCUUUGCUGGUAAGGAUGCGUCUCGGGCCUUGGGCAAGACAUCAACCAAGGCCGAGGAUGUAUCGUCAGAAUGGAAGGACCUCGACGAUAAGGAACAGGGAACGCUCAAUGACUGGGUCACAUUCUUCUCCAAGAGAUACAAUGUUGUUGGUGUCGUUGAGGGAGCCACCAACAGGGAGUAA